AUGGCUGCAUGGAAGGCCAGCAAAAUAGCAAAAGAAUACGAAGCUGAAGGAGGUGACUAUGAGAACGAACCUGGCUCUAAAGACAAACCCAAGAAAGGUCCACCCGAGAAAAAGUCGGAAGAGGAAAAAGCUUCUGAAUUGAAAGAAGUCGAGAAGGAAAAGGAGGAGGAUGCCAAAGAAACCGCUAGUGAUGAGCCCAAUGGAGCAGAUGAUAAGACACGGGAUACAGAAGUCAAGGACGAACCAACCGUCGAAAAAAGAGGCCCAGGUAGACCCAAGAACGCGGGAAGCCCAGCUGGUCCAAAGAAGGGCCCGAAGCCGAAGAAGGAACCAAGACAGGGAACGAGGAGUAGUGCUCGACAACAAGAAAAGUCACAAGAAUCUACUGUAGGGACGAAGAUAGAUGCUAAUAAGGAGGAGGAACAAAAGGCUACUUUAGAAAAAAGAAAGAACGUUAGCGACGAACCAACUGAUGAGAAUGACGAAGAGGAGGAGAGCGAACAAAAGCCUGCGAAGAAAUCCAAAAACGGGGAACUAAAGGAAGUAGAAGAAGAGAAAGAAAAGUCAGGACCUAAGAAGGCUGGUAGAAAAGCUAAAAAGUGA